GCAGGAAAUCACUUUAGAUACAGAAGCUGAAGUUAUACGGAUGUCCAGCAAUGGAUCAACCUAUCUGGAUUUUUCUAUUUUAUGAACAAACUUUCAUUAAUGUUAAGCUCAAAUUUAUUGGGGGCAAUCCAAUAUUGAGAAACAUUCAUUAUUAUAAUUAUUAAAACAACUAUUGUUAGCAUAGAGAUGUUUUUAUGCGUGAGUUUUUGUCUCUCCUGUAGUGUUCAAUCAUUCGUGUUUUAAGGUGACAAGAAGUUUCGCCUGUAUAACAAGAAUUACAUCCUGUGCAUACAUUUUGCACAAUUUAUAAACAACGGAUGAUUUAAACUCUACAGGAAGAGGAUCCUUUGGUGAAAACAUAUUAGAAAUUUUAAAGGAGGGUUUUAGUUACAGAUAAAACCAACAUCUGCAAAAAUGAAGAGAUUUUUUACAAUUGCUUUUGUUAUUUUUUACAUUGUUGCUGAUCUCACUGUAAAUAUCUUCUUUAAUGUAUGGUCAAAUGAUAUUAGUAACAGCAUAUUUAAGUUCUCCAUUGGUCACUCAACCUUUGAUCUUUUAAUUCUGUCAGGACUGCGGUUUUGUAUAUUAUUUGGAGCAUCCAUUGGACUUUGUUGUAACUAUGUUUUAGGUGUUGAUAGAAUUAAAAAGUGGUCGAUGUAUGUUUUAUACUAUUCAUGUUUUACAGCACUUUAUACCGUUGUGAAGAUCAUAUAUUUUUUAGAGGAUGAUUUGAAAAAUAAAUGGAAAAUGUGGAUAGCUAUUAGCAUAACUAUAUCAUCAGUAUUUUUUACAUAUAUCAAUUGGUUUUUCUUGGGAUUAAAAUUUAAUAAAAAAAGUAAAAGUAAAUUGAACGUGGAAACCGAAGUUCAUAUGCAAUCUAAUUCUAAAGAAUAUAUAAAGAAAAAUAAACGAAACGAUUUAAAUGUUCUUGAUGAAAUGGAAGCAAAAAAGUACUCAACAUCAAAAACUCUUUUAAAACUGUUAAAACUUGCUAAAUAUGAUGCUUUUUAUAUAUGUAUUGCAUUUCUUUUUUUAAUACUUUGUUCGAUUGGUCAAGUAUUUUUACCUUUUUACACUGGCCUAGUAUUAAAUUACAUUAUUAUUGAUAAGUCUGUUCAAAAAUUUCAAGAUGCAAUUUUGCACUUGGCAUUAGUUACACUUGCAACCGGGUUUGCUGCUAGUAUCCGUGCUGGCGUAUUUACAUUUGUUUUAAGUCGCUAUGUUUUAAGAAUACAAAAUUUAUUGUUUUCAGCUAUAGUAAAAAUGGAGAUAGCAUUUUUUGAUGAAAGAAAUACUGGAGAAAUAACCUCAAGAUUAACUUCAGAUUGUACCAAAAUUGGGGAUUGUGUUGGUCUCAACGUAAAUAUAUUUACCCGAAAUUGUGUAAAAGUUAUUGGUAUUUUAUUUUUUAUGUUUAAAUUGUCAUGGAAACUGAGCUUACUAACCCUUGUAAGCCUUCCUAUCGUAGCAAUUGUAUCUGAGAUAUUUGGGCAGCGUUACCGAAAACUUUCUGAAGGUGUUCAAAAUUCUUUAGCCAAUGCAAAUGAAUGUGCUCAAGAAGUUAUUUCAUCCAUUAGGACAGUUCGCAGCUUUGCAGCUGAAAAUCAAGAAAUUGCUAGAUAUUCAGAACGUUUGUAUGUUACAUAUAAUUUGAGAAAAAAGGAAAGUUUUUUGCAGACUUUUUAUCGAUGGUCAUUAGAGAUAACAGACAUGGCCACUUCUUUGCUUAUAUUAUUCUUUGGAGGAGACUUAGUUAUAAAAGGUCAUCUUAUAGGAGGUCAUUUAGUUUCAUUUAUAUUAUACAGUAUGGAGUUAGCAAAUGCAUUUGAUGAGAUUGGAGAUGUUUAUACAGGACUUAUGGAGGCAGUCGGUGCUGCUCGUAAUGUAUUUGUGUAUAUUGACAGAAAACCAAAAAUUAUAUCUGGAAACUUUAUACCAAUAUCUCAUUUAAGAGGUGAUGUUGUGUUUAAGAAUGUUUUUUUUUCCUAUCCCUCCAGACCUGAUGUUGAUGUACUUAAAAAUAUAACUUUUCAUGCUAAGGCAGGUGAGGUUUGUGCUCUAGUUGGAGCAAGUGGAGGAGGAAAAAGUUCUGUAGUGAAUCUUUUAGAGCACUUUUAUGAACCAUCUUCUGGUGAAAUCUUUUUAGAUGGCUUCAAGAUUAGUAGCUUUGAUCAUGAAUUUCUACAUUCUAAAUUAACUUUAGUUCAACAGGAGCCUGUAUUAUUUGCUCGAUCUAUAUCUGAAAAUAUAGUUUAUGGUUUAUCUAAUAAUGUCGAUGCAGAGGAAAUCAUUAAAGCUGCUAUAAUGGCAAAUGCAAACUCUUUUAUAUGUGAUAUGCCAGAAAAGUAUGAAACACAAACAGGAGAAAAAGGUAUUCAACUGUCAGGAGGUCAAAAACAGCGUAUUGCUAUAGCCCGUGCAUUGAUUCGAAAUCCUUCUGUGUUAGUUUUAGAUGAAGCUACCAGUGCUCUUGAUACUGAGUCUGAAUAUUUAGUUCAACAAGCUAUAAAUAAAAAUUUGAAUGGAAGAACAGUUAUCAUUAUUGCUCAUAGAUUAAGUACAGUCGAAAAAGCAGACAAUAUAUUCGUUUUUGAUAAAGGAACAAUUGUUGAAGAAGGCACGCAUGCAUAUCUUAUAAAAUCUAAUGGUGUUUAUGCUGGACUUGUUAAAAGACAAAUGCUAGAAUAAAAAUAAAAGCAUAAAUAUUUAUUUAUAAGCAUACACAGACUUCCAUGCAUACACUCAUAAAAAUAUUUAAAUAGUUUAGUUUUUAAAUUUAUAUAUAUAUACAUACUUAUUUAGAAA